CUCGCUCGGCUCGUCCCAUAUCCCGAAUGCGUCGUCAGACAUGGCCUAGCACUCGGCGCUCGGCGUCAGAAUACAAAGUGUCCAUAUGGUAUUCGCUGUUCGAGCCAGGCUUCGCGCGAGGAUCGAGUGGACGGGCAGCUGGGCCAGCUCACGUGACUCGUCGCGCUUCCCAGGCGCCCUCCAGUGUGUACUGUGCUUUCCAAAUAAGGCUAAGACUUGAGUACGCGCGCGUCUUUUUGUGGGCCCCUCCAUUGCUCGAUUCACCCCUCCCAGUCCAGUCCAGUCCGGCAGACAUUGAUUGCUGUUGUCGGCGUCCGGAGAUGUCGUCGUCGUCGUCAUCGAGGCCGCAGUCGCCAUUCAAGAGGCUCUCGAGGCCGUCCUCGAGGAGCUCCCAUUCGCGUGAUCCAUCGCCGUCACGCUCGGCCUGGCGGAGUUCCAGGCUUGGAGUCCCAGGGGCAGGGAAUGGAGCAGGAGUCGGGGCAGGAGGAGGAGGAGGAGUAGGAGGGAUAUCGGUUGCGUCAGAUGAUCGGCAGGAGGGCUCCUCGUCUUCGUGGGCUAGAGCGACGACAUCUCGAGCACAAGGGACUACCCCGGCUGUCCCUGCCUAUGCAGGGGGGCUAAGCAGGGCCGAGCACUACGACGUGGUGCUCGAGGGCCCCACGGACGCAGACAACGGAGCCGGCGGGGCUGGCGAUGCCUCGGCGAUACUGCCCCACCUCGGCUUCCUCGUCCUCGAUCAGACGGGCACCAUCGACGAGGCCGACCCGCAUCGGUCGAGCUUCGACAGCUACUCGGACGUGCCUCGCUCCGGCAGCGGGUCCAGCAUCAAUGCCAUUCGUUCGAUUGAGAUGGAGGCCGCCUACUCGCCCGUUCUGGGCUCUGGACCAUCGGAGGAAAAGUUUGAGGCGAUGCUCCAAGAGCUCCUGUACACCGAAAAGAGCUACGUGAAGCGAGUCGAGGCGCUGUACCGGAAAUACGCCGUGCCACUUCGACAACUAGCCAAGGACAAGGACACGGCCAUCAUGCCGCUGUACGAGGCGCAGCGCCUGUUUGGAAACAUUGGCGAAAUCGUCGGCGCCAACACGGCCUUUCUGCGCGAUCUCGAGUCGUACGCCGAGAGCAGGGAGCGCGAGCGCCGUGGCUCGGGCCGCAUCUCCACGGGCAACUUGGGCGAGAUAGUCUACCGGAAUAUGGCCUGCUUCUCGUGCUACAGCGAGUACUUUGGCAAUUUUGAAAAGGCCAAGCACAUCGAGCAGACGAUGAACCGCUCCAACAAGGCCUUUCGAGACUUUGUCGAUAGAAUCAAGUACAGCACGCCCGACAUGGGCAACAUUGGUAUUCGAGAGCUCAUCAUGGAGCCCGUCCAGCGCAUCCCCAGGUACACGCUCCUCCUCGACGGCCUGGUGCGCAACCUGCCCAAGUCGGACAGCAACCGGCCGCGACUGGAGGAGGCGGCCGUGCUCGCCGGCCGCAUCGCCAGCUGCGAGGUCGACGACAAGACGAAGCGAGCGGCGGUGCUGUGGAGCUUCAAGAGAAACGUCGAAGGGUUCCCGCCCAGCCUCAUCAGCGUCCACCGCCAGUUCAUCGACUGCAUCGAUGUCGACGACUUUCCCAUCGAUGUGCUGGGCCCCAUGGCCAUGGCAGCAGGCGCCUCGUCGCCCUCGCCAGCGCUCCUGUCGCCGAGUGGACAGCAGACGUAUCGGACGAUCCACUGCACCCUCUUCUUGUUCGACGACGUCAUUGCCAUUGCCAAGCGGGCAGGCAGCAGCAGCAGCGGGCGCAGCGCCGUGGGCCUCGACGACCUCAACAAGCUCGCCGACCAGAUGAAGACAUUCACCGAGCGCAGCGGGCCCGUCCCUUCGUCGAGGGAUGCUGGACGGCCGUCCAAGAUCGAGCUUGGCUUCCGAGGCUGCAUCGAUGUGGCCAACGUGCAAGCGCUGGACCUGGGCGGGCCUGACUUUCAGCUCACCAUGGCAAAGGGACCAUCGAACGUGUCGGGGGACAAGUGGGCCAACCGACUGGUGCGGCAGUACGCCACGAUUGACUCGUCGAACCAGACGGACCCCAGCCAGGCGCGCCUCGAAAAGUACCGCUUCCUCGAGAAUCUCUGGCGGGCACAGGCGCUGCUCAAGACAAAGGACGCCAGGAGCCACGUGCGGUGCAUGGUGCUGCCGCCGUCGGCCGAUGGCGAGUCAGAGGAGCGAGCAAGGCGGAUCGUCUACUGGAACGUGUACCAGCGGCGCGCCUAUCUGGCGGAGCCAUGCAAGAACCUCGCCGUGCUCCAAGUCGAUCCAGGCAGAGAGGCUGAUCGUGUCCCGCUGGGCGCCGAGAAUCUGCCACCACUGGUCUGUAUGCGCGUCACGGACAUCGACCGCGAUGCUGGGACUCUUUUGUACACGACAUCGAUCAAGAGUCUAGCCGAGGAUGAUAUUGACGGCGAGGAACUGACGCUGCCGCUGAGCGACAUCAGCAGCCAGCUGCGCAAGCUGAGCGGAGAGGCGAGACGGGCCAUGAGCGACUUUGAUCCGCCGCUGGCUCGUCGGCCUGGGGGAAGCCCCUCGACGCCCUCGAGCCACCGCGGAAGGGUUGUGUCUGGCCUGGAGCAAUUUGGGAGAAGCCUCUUCUCGGCAGCAAACGCCGGCAGCAUCCGGAGCAACCACAAUGGCGGCGACGUCUUUGGGCUUGCGUCGCCCCACCGGAGGACCAAGUCGACGGCGAGCAAGGCGAGCGCGGCGACAGCGACGACGACGAGCAGCAGCACGCCCAGCAGGGCCGCCUCGUCGGGCGCAAGGACGUAUUCGACGGCCAACACGAGCGUGGGCAGCCGAGACAUGCUCAUCAAUGGAGCCUACCACUCGCCCGACCCAUCAGAUCCGUCCACGUCAAAGGCCAUCGAGGCGUACAGGAAGCGAGCGCUGUCGAUCGACGGCGGCGACGGUGGCGGCGCAGAGGAGAGAGUGACUGAAAGAACACCGAGGGGCAACAGCCAGACGCCGAGACAGCGGACGCAGAGCACGCCCUGCCGAGCCGAGCCAUCGCCGGGCGCCAUCGAGGGACGAUCUUCCGUCGUCCGCCGCAAGCCCGUCCCGGUACAUCCUGAUGGCGACGAGAAUGACGAUUCUCCCCUUGCGAGUAGAAGUGAUUCGCCGCCCCUGCGGAUGGAGGAGCUGCAGCGGGAGCCUUCGGCCGCGUCGGCGUCCAAGCGCGCCCUGCCGCUCGAUGCGACCCCUCGGACCGGCUCGGCUAAACGGGCUGCAAUGACGAACGAGGAUAUGUCGCCGUCGCCGUCACCCACGAGGCGAAGAAGCGGCGUGAGGAGCCCUGGCGGACCGAGGCCGGUGAGCCCGUUCGCACCAAGAGCGCCGGCGACGCCUACAGCUGCAGCGAACGGCGUCGACGGGGCCGAGGUCAUGCCGACGCGGCCGCUGAGCGUGCGAAAGGACGGCGGGCAAGCCAAGGUGGGAUCGACCACGGGUCCAACGAGCAAGGAGGCCACAUCUGCCCGGCUCAAGAAGCAUCUCGACGUCGUCCAGCGGCACAGGCGCACUAAUGUCGAGGUCAUGGCCCGCCUCGACGAGAAUCUGACGGCGCUGAGGGACGAGCUGCUGGAUCUCGACGACGAUUCGCUGGCGAGGCGGCUCGAGACGAUCCAUGCGAGCGUCCGGCUGGUCGCUGAGCAAGGCGACGAGGCCACGAGCAGCCUCGAGAAGCUGAGGCUGGAGCUGGAUGCGCUGCUGGAGCGCGACGAGGCGCAAGCCACUGCCGCAUCAUCCAAAAGGGAGAUGGCCGAGAUGGCUGAGGAGCUCGAGAAGCUCAAGGCGCGCGUCAAGGCGGGCGACUGCGCCCGGACCGAGCUCGCUGGGCUGACUCGGCGGUGCGAGCUGCUCACUGCGUUGGAAAAGGACGGCCGGAUGGAGAACACGGAGCUGCACCGCGCCUUUAACGAGGAGCUCGAUCGGCUGUACGAGGACGCGCAGCACGUCUCGGGCGACGGCGACGGCGACGGCGCAGAGGAGAUCAGGCGGCUGCGCCAGGAGGUCAAGACGAGCAAGGCGCAGCGAAACGAGGCCAACAUUGAAAAUAAAGCGCUGCAGAGGGACCUGGCGCUGGAGCGGGCGCAGGCAGAUGUGUACAAGGCGCUCCUCGAGCAGCAUGGGCUCGCAUAGGUCUAUUCUAUUCUCUUUCCCCCCAAGCAUUCAUCCAAUUCAUCUCAAUUCAAG